AUGACAGCCUGCUCCGGCCUCGCCCGCUCGCCCCGCGACCCACUGCUCACCGCCCGCGGUUGCCUGCAGCUGCUCACCGCGCGUGACGCCCUGCUACUGCCUGCCGCGUCGCUCCCACUCCAGCCUCGUCGUCGCUCGCGUCGCGCGUGUCCGAGCCCACACGGCUGCCCGCUCCUCGCCGCGCCGCUGCAGCCGCACACCCGCCGGCCCUCGCGCCGCUCCCCGCCCCGCUCGCCUGCCUGCGCCUCUGCGGCCGCGCCCUCCGUCGCUGGCCCCUCCCGCGCUGCAGCGCCCGCGCCCCGGCGCCGCCCCGCCGUGGCCUCGCCGCCGCCGGGCACAGCCCCGGCCGGCCGGCCUCGCCUCCCCCCCGCGUGA